GAUUUGCCGACAGCGACACGCCGCCAUUUUGUUUUAAGAAAAUUGAUGCAAGUGGGGAAGCUCGUAUAUUCUUGUUAUUCUGUGGAAUAUUCUUGCUGAAAUAACUGAUUUACCGUCUAUUAUUAGAAGCUAUCCAAAAAUAACAUGUCCGACCGAAAGCGUUUACUGGACGAACUAAGAGUAAUAGAUUUGCGUGCCGAAUUGGAGAAACGUAACCUAGAUAAGAGUGGUGUACGCGGUGUACUCAUCACGCGUUUAUCAAAGCAUUUAAAGGAAGAGGGUCAUGAUCCUGAAACAUUCAAAUUCGACCUGAGUACACCCGAGGGCAAGACUCCAUCGAAGAGGACGCGACGUUCUGAGAGCACGGUGGAACAAGAGGCUGAAGAAACCCCCGCCAUGGAAGAUAUGAUUGUUCAAGAUGAUGCAGGAGAGGAGGACGACUCUGAAUCGCAAGAUGGCCAUACAAAGCCUGCUACCGAGGAGAAGGCACAAGAAACUAUGGAUGUUGAUGGAACAGAAAAAACGAACAGGAAACGUGAAAAUAAUGAAGAACCUGAAACAUCUCCACCCAAGAAACCCUGCACUGACAAUAUACAAAAUGAGGAAGAAGAUCAAAAAGCUGAAAACAAUUUGGAGGAGGAUAGCAUAAAUUUAGACCUUGGAGAAGAUGAACUGCUGAAUGAAGAGACGGAUUCUACUGCUAAGCUCAAAAAAGAUGACGGCGCGAGUGAGGACCCUGCACCGAGCGACGAGGCUGCACCGGCGCCUGCUGCCGCUCCAAGCGACGUCGCCGUCGAUGACCAACAAGUAAACUCCGAAGCCGCCGCCACUAGCAAUGACUGCAAUAAAUCGGAUAAGGAAGCUAAAGAGGGCCAGGACAAGGAUGGGGAGGGUGACAAAAAGGAGAAAAAGGAUGAUGGCAAAGAGGGCGGCGCGCGCAACCUGUGGGUCAGUGGCCUGUCGGGCGACACGCGUGCCAAGGACCUCAAGCAACUCUGCAGCAAGCAUGGGAAGGUAAUUGGAGCAAAAGUAGUCACAAAUGCUCGGACCCCAGGCUCGCGUUGCUACGGCUACGUCACUAUGGCUAGUGCCCAGGAUGCUGAAAACUGUAUCAAGAACUUGCAUAGAACUGAGUUGCAUGGACGAAUGAUCUCUGUCGAAAAGGCUAAGUCUGAAUCGGAAUCAUCGUCUCGAAGGCAGCCGACAAGACCGGACCGCAGAUCAAGCAAGGAUCGUAAAGAUGACUCAAAAGAUAAGGAAAACGAGGAUGGCAAGGAAGCUAAUGAAAAGAGUACUGAAAAAGUAAAGAAAGAGGGAGAGGUGUCAGGUGAAGAGAGCACAAAGUCAGAAACGCGUGACAAGGCAGACCAAAAAGACAAAGACAAAGCCAAACGUAGCACCAGAAGUCGAGAAAGACGAAGGUCACCAAGGGAAGUUCUCUCUUUUUCCAAGAUAUGGAAAGAGCGCGACGUGGCGCGCGCGCGCGAGCGGUCCCGAGCGGCGCGCGAGGAGGAGCGGCGGCGGCGGGCGGCCGAGGACGCGCUGCGCGAGCGCGAGCGUCGCCAGCGCCAGGAGAAGCACCGCCUCGAGCUGGAGCGCGAGAAGCUGCGCGCCGAGAGGGAAAAGAUUGAGCGUGAGAAGAACGAGUUGCUGCGGCUCGAGCGCGAGCGGCACCGGCUGGAACGCGAGAAACUCGAACUUGAACGACUCGAACUCAAACGCGCGCAACUGCGCCUGGAGGAGGAGCGUCGCAAGCGCGGCUACGAGAGCAGCGCUGCCUACCGCAAGACGGCCGCCAGCCCGCCGCCGGACAACUACGAGCGCGAGCCGCGCCACAAGCGCCCGCCGCCGCCGCCCAUGUCAUCAAGCCGCGGCCAGUUCGAGGCGCCGCCGCCGCCGCGGUUCGAGAUGCCGGCGAACUAUGACCGUUCCGACAAGCGCGACCGCGACCGCGACUACAAGCGCGACUACCCAAGACACGUCGCCGCCGGCAGCAUGAAGUACGCGGCGAACGGCAGCGCGGAGGAGGCGCGGCAGCCGCUGCCGCCGGGCACGCGCGCCAAGGAGCCGGCGCGCUACGAGGCGCGCGAGCGCUCCUACCGGCCCUCGCCGCCCGCCAAGCCCGACGCGCGCGCCUGGCCGCACCAGCACGCCUCCCACGCCUCCCACGCCGCCCACGCCGCCCGCUACCCCGACCCGCAGCCGCCCGCCAAAGGCGGCAGCAGCAGCGGAGGCGGCGGCGGCGGCGGCAGCAGCGAGGCGUGGUCGGGCGAGGCGCGCUACGGCGCCUACGAGCAGCGCUACCCGCCCGCCUACCAGCCGCCCCCGCCCGGCGCCGCCUACCCCGACCGCUACGCGCAGCCGGCCCGCGACUACCGCAAGUACUGAGCCGUCCACGGUAAAGGACAUUCUUUGAAGCAGACAGUUUAAUUUAGCAACAUCAGACUUCUUCACGUGAGAUAAAUAUAACAAACGAUUAUUUACGUAAUCAGCUCAAAAUAUGGUAUGGUGGACUUCGAAUGAGUGUUAUCAAUGGUAGAUGUGGUUGGUAAGGUUUUUAUAAUGUAUACAAGCUGUGCUUCAAACAACUGCAGUUAUUCUGACAAGUGUAUAGACUAUGAUGUUGACUUUAAACAUUUGUAUGAGUGUUUUCUCAAAGUACAAAAAUGUGCAUCCUGAAAUUUCAUGAUGGAAUAACAAGUACUGAAUUUGCGAAUGUGUCAGUAAAUACAUAAUAAAAUAUUUAUGUAUGGGGUGCUUGGUGGUGAUCCCACAAAUCUUGACUGUAUAUCAUUUACAUUAAUUAUCUGUGUUACUGAGAAUUAAAGUAUUUUAAACUUGUAUAUAUUAUGUAAAAUGAAAAAUAAUAAAAUGACUAUGUAAGGACUAA